AUGAAGAAACAAAUAUUAAUAGUUGCUGCACAAAGUAUUUUAUGUUCUACUGUUUUUGGCGAGCGAAGUAAUGUAGGCCUUUCCACUGAAGAGCUAGGAGGUGACUCAAUUUUAUACUUCAAUGAAGACCCUAUAGUGAUUGAAAUCGAUAAGAAAGCUAUUGACAAGAAGACUUUGGAACAGUUGGCAAGCACAAGAGAUGUUGUUCUUACUGAUUUACCGGACACUCUUGAGUUUAUAGACUUCAACGAGUACGCGAAAAUGAAGUCAAAAUCAGAUAUGCUACUAGAGUAUAUCAACGAAUACGAAUUUGAUGAUUUUGAAAGAAGUUCUGAAGGCGGUCUUGAAGAAGAAGAAGAAGAGGAUUUAAUUUAUGACUUCAAUGCCCAAGCUGAAGAUUUGGGUAAGCUUGGUUCAAAUAUAUAUGAAGUAGUCGAAGAAAAGAAUAUUGUUAAUACUUACGAUGGAAACCUUAUCAAUGCAAGUACAACUGAAUCAACGACUACUAUUCGGCCUUUCGUGACUUCUCACUCCUACGUUGCUUCUUCUACACCUUAUUCGAAUAUUUCAUCAUUGAAUGAGGACUACGAUAAUGCGAGCAACUUUUUGACUCCUACAACAGUGGCUCUUGCGGUACUUUUAACCAUUUUAUUAUUUAUACAGGCGUAUUAA